CGUCGCCGGCGCCUCCACCGGGCCAGAUCCGCCACCGGCCCGGCUACUGACGCCGCGGGCCCACCCUCCCCUCCUCCGCGCCACGCCAGCCGUGUGCGAGCAAGUCACCUCACCUCACCACCGGACGGAGGAGCUGGGGGUUAGCGGGCCGAGGGAUAAAUAGAGGACCGGCCAUCCCGGCCGGCGGCGACAACCGCACCCACGCACGCCACGCCACUCAGCGCCUUGGCAUCACCGCGUCCCUACUCGUCUCGUCCCACCCCCGGCGGCCCACAGGAUCCGUCCGGCUGCGGUGAGCGAAGGAGGAGGGAGUGGAGAUUUGAUUUGAUUUGUGAUUUCGGCUCGUGCGGCGGCGAUGGGGGUGCUGUCGCGGCCGGAGGAGGUGCCGGCGCUGCUCAGGCUCAAGCUGGCGGCGGGGCGGAUCAGGCGCCAGAUCCCCCCCCAGGACCACUGGGCCUUCGCCUACGACAUGCUCCAGCGGGUCUCCCGCAGCUUCGCGCUCGUCAUCCAGCAGCUCGGACCAGACCUCCGCAAUGCCGUAAGCACGCCCCCUUCCCCCUUCCCCUUCCCCUCCGGAUCCCCUCCGAUCCGAAUCCCUGAAAUCUCUGAAACAUUUACGGCCGCUGAUGUUGCUCUGGUUCUGACCCUGCAGGUGUGCGUCUUCUACCUCGUGCUCCGGGCCCUGGACACCGUCGAGGACGACACCGCCAUCCCUAACGAGGUCAAGCUGCCCAUCCUUCGGGACUUCUACCGCCACAUCUACAACCCGGACUGGCUCUUUUCAUGUGGAGCAAACGACUACAGAGUGCUCAUGGAUAAUUUUAGACAAGUCUCCACGGCUUUCUUGGAGCUAGGCGAAGGAUACCAAAAGGCUAUUGAAGAAAUCACUAGGCGAAUGGGAGAAGGAAUGGCUAAAUUUAUAUGCACGGAGGUUGAAACCAUUGAUGACUAUGAUGAGUACUGCCACUAUGUAGCAGGGCUAGUAGGCUAUGGACUUUCUAGGCUCUUUCAUGCUACUGGCACAGAAGAUCUGGCUCCGGAUCAUCUUUCAAAUUCAAUGGGUUUGUUUCUACAGAAAACCAAUAUAAUAAGGGAUUAUUUGGAGGACAUAAAUGAGAUACCAAGGUGCCGUAUGUUCUGGCCUCGGGAAAUAUGGAGUAAAUAUGUUGAUAAACUUGAGGAUUUAAAAUAUGAGGAAAAUUCAGAAAAGGCCGUGCAGUGCUUGAAUGAUAUGGUAACCAAUGCUUUGAUCCAUGCCCAAGAUUGCCUUCAAUACAUGUCAGCAUUGAAGGACAAUUCCAAUUUUCGAUUUUGUGCAAUACCUCAGAUAAUGGCAAUUGGGACCUGUGCUAUUUGCUACAAUAAUGUGAAAGUCUUUAGAGGAGUUGUUAAGAUGAGGCGUGGGCUCACUGCACGGAUAAUUGAUGAGACAAAAUCGAUAUCAGAUGUCUAUUCUGCUUUCUACGAGUUCUCUUCAUUGCUAGAGUCGAAGAUUGAUGAUAACGACCCAAAUGCUGCGCUGACACGGAGGCGUGUGGAUGCAAUAAAGAAAACUUGCAAGUCAUCCGGCCUGCUGAAGCGAAGGGGUUACGAUCUGGAGAAAUCAAUGUACAGAAUGCCUAUGCUGAUCAUGAUCGCGCUUCUUCUGGUGGCUAUUAUCUUGGGUGUACUGUAUGGCAAGUGAUCCUGUCAAGAUGGUCCUCUUAUGUUCGUAGUGGCACCGCCUCGCCUACCUAUAUGGUUUUGCACGUGUACCUCCUGACUGCAGAUGGAUAUGGCUGGUUUGCAUGUAGUAUUGUGCUAUGUACCCUGCUGGUGCCAUGCAUGCUAAUUAUUUUGUUCCUUAUUUGUGUCGUCUCAUAUGUUGUUCCAGCUUGUAAUUUGUUUGAAUCUAGGAGAGACUUCCUUAGUGACAUGUAUCCCAUGAAUUUGGCGUGGCGUCUUGGUUGUCAAUGAUGCUACAUUUUGUUUA